CGGCGGUAUCGGCGGCGUCAUAAACCGCGGUUCGUUCCUCUUUCGUAGUCGCAGGAGAAACAGAAGCAGAUCCCCGGGAAAGGGGACGGCGGGGAAGGGAGAGAGGAAAACGUGCGACGAGCGAUGCAGCUGUGUUCGUGCUUCGGCCCUUCGAAGGCCGAGAGGCGGGAGGCGGAUCGGCUCGAGGCCGAAGAAGCCCGCGCCAGAGCCGCCGAAGCCGCUCAGAAGAGGCAGGAGCAAUUUGACAAAUCGGCCGCCGGGAGGGCAGCUCGAGCGCAGAUAGCGGCAACAAAGAAAUCCAGCGAGCCGAGCAAAGGAGAACCUGUUCUCAAGUGGCAGAUGGGAUGAUCACUCUCUUUUUGUGGAUAAUUAACAUCCAAGUCGUAAGUUAAUAUCUCUAAUUCAAUGGAUUGCUGCCCACUAGGGCAAGUCUAUCCAUUCUCAUAUUUCAUGCUUAUU